AUGAGAGCUCAGUGUACACAGUGGUUAUCUACUUGAAUGAUGACUAUGAAAGUGGUUACACAAUGUCCUAUCGCCUGCCACUGGCCAAGUUGUAUACACUGUGACUCCUAAGCAAGGUUUAGCAUUGGUGUUCAAUCAUAAUACUCUUCAAGAAGGAACACAAGUCAUCACUUGGACAAAGUAUAUCAUCAGAACAGAGAUCAUGUUUUAUCGCAUUGACACAGAGAUGAUUCCUGACCCUUUGUCUUACAAAAGUGAUGAGAACUAUGUUGAGAUAUUGGCUUUAUAUGUGAAAUCACAUGAUCUAGAGCAAGCUAUUUGAAAGCGUUGAAACUUCAAAUUGAGGCUCAACAGUCAGUUGGAGCUGAUGCAGAAGCACUCAUUACAUGGGCUCUUCCUUACGAGUUAUAUGUUUAUGUGUUCUCAUAUCUCCAACCUUCUGACUUGUGCAGAUGUAUGAGAGUAUGCAAGGACUAGUGUGAUGUAUCAAUGGAUGGACUGUGGUUUGAUUUGUAUCGAUUACGAUGGCCAAUAGGUGUUAAUGUGGAGAAGUUUUUGUAUGCAGGUAAACACAAGAUGCCAAGUGCAUUUACAAAGGAUUUGCAUGGUUGCUACAAGCAACGAGCCAUCAACGCUAAGGAAUACAGAGCUGUUGUUUAUGAUUUGGAGAGUCAUUCCGUAAAGUGUGGAAUUGUGACUUUGAAAACACGAAAGCCCAAGUUCCUUAAACGUGAAUCAGUUAUUGCAAAGGUCAAUGGAAUUUUUUAUCUUUAUAUGAGGCGAACAAACUUUGAGCGCUUCUACAGUGGUGCCGAGGCUAGAGCUCGAUUUCCUGAUCAUCUUGUUAGACUCAUAGAAAAUGGGCAUUUUACCGAGUCAGGAAUAGACUUUUUACCUGAAAUUAUGAUUCAUUUCUACUAUGAAUAUACCCUGACAUCAAAUCACUAUCCAAUUGUAAUAUUGGAGCCUGUUGUUGGAUGGAAUGAUUCAACAAAGAAAACGUUGAGCACAAGUUUGAUAUCUGUGUUUUGUGCACCCAGCAUUUGCUUCCUGAGUGCAACUGUUGCAACACUGUACAGUCAUUGUUUGAGCUGUGGUGUUGUUGUGAAUUUGGGACAUGAAACGGCGUCUGUACCUGCUGCUCAGGAUGGAUCCAUACUGUCCUCUUACUGCAAGUCUGGAUGUUAGCGCUUCUGCAGAUAAUGUGGCAGAAGCUGUAGGUCAAGUUAUUCAAUCUGCAAGUAAUGGUGAUGAGCACACUCGUUCAGUGCUCAUGAGCAACGUGGUGUUGGCUGGUAAAUAUAGAUACUGUAUUAAUAUUAAUGACAUUUAAUAAAUGGGUUUGGCAGUUAGAAGUUUUAAUUGGAUAUGU